AUGCUCGUCGACUCGACGUCGAGCGCGAUCGCUGGUGCCAUGGACAACCUCAACCGUCGGCUGCGGCAGCUCGACGAAGAGAUCAAGCUGGACCAGGAGGGCCAGGCGGAGUACGAGAACUUCCUGCGGCGGCUGAACGCGCGGAAAGACGAGCUCAAGGCGCGCGUGGCCCGCAACCAGGCGUGGAACGACCACGUGACGAAGGAGCUCGGACCGUUCCUGGACAAGUACGCCGUGCUCUGCAAGGACAUCGAGCAGCUCUACGGCAGGGCGAAGGAGAAGCACGCGCAGGGCAUUCAGUUGCUGGUGGACCAGUUCAACUACCACGAGUCGUACAAGCGCUGGUUCGACACCUUCACCGGCAUCCCCUACAAGCCCGCGUGA